AUGUGCCCCUCUUUCUCACUGUCCCCAGUGUCUCCCUUAUCUUCAUCAUUUUCUCUUUCGAUGUUCCCUUCCUCUACACCACCUUCUCCUCCUUCCAUGUCACCCUCCUCUUGAUCAUCUCCUUCAAUGUCACCU